CAUCUGGACGCCAGUAGCUUCUCCUCCCCCCUCUGGCUGCUCCUUUCCCUGACUAUGUUGCUGCUUGUCCUCUCGCUUUCCCAUCCAUCUAUCACCAUCAUCCGAUCUCUGAACCUGGACCCGGAGGGACAAACACACAGGUAUAUCCGUACACACUCAUCCACAUAUCGAUCCAUCCACACACAGGGGAAUACCUGUAGGUACUUGUUCCGAGUACUCUGUACUCUGUAUCCAUUGCCUAUUCGGUCGCGGUUCCCUGCCUGGUCCCUGCUGCACCUGUCAGGGUAGUGAAGCGUAUCCGCAUGCGCAGAAAUACCUUUGACUUUCCACUUGUCUUGGUGUUGUUGCAUCCAAGAGAUAUUUCACCCACGUCUCCCUCCUCACUCUCCCCCCCCCCUCGUCUUGCCCAAAAGAAGCACUUUCCCCAGCCCUUCUGCUCUCUUUCCCCAGUAGCUCCUGCCGCUACACCUCACCCACGGGGAUAAAACAGAAGUAAAGAAACAAGAGGGAAGGCACCAGCGCUGAGCAGCUUCCCAAUACGCAACACAACGGGCACUUGGUCUCUUCUUGACUGAAGAAGACUCCCUCUCUCUCUCUUUAUCAACUUGCCAGCCCUACACCACGUCGGCGGCUGAGUUGUAAUCCAGCGAGACGACAACUACGACAAGUACUCAAAGCACUUGGAUCAUUCCUUUAUUCGCCGCUUGUUCCCGGCGUCGCCUCGUUGAACUUGGCCUUCACCAAGAAAUACAGCGGCGUGCAUCAAACGAACCGACCGCGCUCAAUCGCACUCGGCCAUCAACACAAGCCGUCAUUCGCCUCAUUUGGGCAUUGCUGUUUGUCCAAGUCGGCCCUUUCCCACCCUUUCGUCAUCUUUACGGACGAGCCAAUAUCAAUUGGAAGCAUCUUACAAAUCACCGUUCACACUCGCCGCAGCAUAAUCAUCGAACUUUCCUGUCCGCAUUCUAUUGUCGCCCACUCACACUCAUAAUACAUCACAUCCCACCCGUUAGCCCAGCGUGGCUCUUUCACCCAGCCCAGCAUGACGACUCCAACGAAUCGUGACCGCUCCAAUUCGGACGAAAAUGAGAAGCGCUCUUCUCAUACAGAUGAUAGCCUCCAGACGGCAACGGAUCCCAGCUCCGUGCCGCCUCAGCAGGAGAAGAUGACCCGCCUCAAUACCGAUAACCUUCUCCCCCUCCCGACCGACGCACAUGGCCCCGGCCCCAUAUCUCCCCAAGACUCCCGCGAACAGGCCUCGCGUCUGAACGACGACCUCGAACUUCUGCGCGCUGAACGCUUCGUUUCCAACCAGGAACAUGAGUUAUCGCAACAGCGCUCCCGUCAGGGUAGGACCCGAGAGCCCGAGCCCGAGGACGUCUUCGCGACCAACCCCACGGCUGUCGAGGCCGUGAAGCCGCCCCCCGAAAAGAAAGCCGGCGCCUUUGCCUUCGCCCUCUGGAAGUGGCUGAGAAAAUUCCCUCGUGUCUUCCGUUAUUCCGUCUACAUGAUUCCCGGCGCCGCCCUUCUGCUCAUUCCCGUCCUUCUCGGUCAUUUUGCCGUCGUUCCUGAGAGCUCAGCCGUCGGCGGCGCCAACGGUGUGUACCUCACCUGGUUCGGCAUUUGGCUCGAGGUUGUUUGGUGUUCGCUUUGGGGCUCCCGCAUGAUCACAAGCUUCAUGCCGCUUAUCUUUGGCGGCAUCGCCAUAGUCAUGGGUUCUAGCAACCACAAGAAGUGGAAGGACAUUGGCCAGGGCCUUGAGCUGCACACUGCCCUCUUCAUGUGGAUGCUCGCCGUCCUCUGCUCAUACUCUCCCAUUCUCAACGGUCACCGCGUCCUGCCGGACAACUUUAACGAGGACGAAGAUGAUUUGCCUCACGUUCAGUGGAUCGAUGUUGUCCAAAAGGUCAUCAUCGCGUUCUUCGUCCUGGCAGCCCUCAACUGGGUCGAGAAGAUCUGCAUUCAGUGGAUCGCGACUUCUUUCCAUCAGCGCACCUACGUCCAGCGAAUCGAGACCAACAAGAGCGAUAUCGACCACCUCGUACACCUGUACGAGCACUCCAAGAUGCGCAUUAACCGCGAGGACUCCAUCUGGCUCACGACGGAGAACGGCAACAGAUCGGGUGCCCGCACUCCCAUGGGUGUCAUGGGCAAGAAUGUCCGUUCCGUCUUCAACAAGGCCGGCGGCGUGGCGGCUCGCGUUGGAAACGAUUUCAUAGGACGAAAGGUCGCUUUCAACCACGCCCGCAAGAUCACCUACGAGAUGUUACGCAAUACUGCCUCGGCCCACUCUCUGGCUCGUCUCAUCUUCCGCAGCUUGGCCAAAGAAGGCCAGGAGACCAUCUUCCUCGAGGAUAUGCAGGUUGCUUUCAAGACGGCUGAAGAAGCAGAGCACGCCUUCAGCAUUUUCGACAAGGAUCUCAAUGGCGACAUCUCCAUGCAAGAGAUGGAGGGAACCUGCAAUGAAAUUCAUCUAGAGCGCAAGGCCAUCGCUGCCUCGCUCAAGGAUCUCGACUCCGUCAUUAAGAAGCUCGACAAGGUGUUCCUCUUCAUCAUUGUCAUCAUCGCCAUCAUCGUCUUUAUCUCCAUUAUUUCGGGCUCUGCCGCCGCCGGUCUUGCCUCUGCCGGUUCCAGCUUUCUCGGUCUCGCGUGGAUGCUUCAGGCCACUGCCCAGGAGUUCCUGCAGUCCAUCAUCUUCGUCUUCGUCAAGCACCCCUUCGACGUUGGUGACCGUGUCACGGUAUACGGCAACACUGGUACACUGGGAACUGGCGAUGACUACUACGUUACCGAGAUAUCCCUGCUUUACACCGAAUUCAAGAAGAUGGAGGGUCACAUUGUCCAGGCACCCAACAGCGUUCUCAACACCCUUUUCAUUUUGAACCAGCGUCGUUCUGCAGGCCUCGCCGACCCCAUCGAGCUCAAGCUUGGUUUCGGAACCGACCCGGAGCUCAUCGACGAGCUCAAGUCCCGCAUGCUCAACUUCUGCCUGGAAAACAAGCGCGACUACCAACCCCGCAUCAUUAGCGAGGUCAAGACGCUCAACGAGGUCCAGUCCUUCACCAUGAACUUAAUCUUUUUCCACAAGUCCAACUUCCAAAACGAGCUGCUCCGUCUUCAAAGGCACAACAAAUUCGCCGCGCAGCUCAUGGCCGAAGUCCGUAGCGUCGGUCUCCAGGGCCCUUGGCAGGUGCAACCCGGUGGCUCCCGCGACACCCCCUUCUACUGGGCUGGCGGCGCUCCCCCUUCGUACGACUCGUCCAAGCCCGGUCCCAGUGGCAACGAGCCCUCGACGCCUGCUACAGCGGGCGAUACUCAGUCGCACCACUCACUCGCCCACUCUACCUCUGUUGGCCCGGCUGUUGUUACUCGGUCCCGCGCCGAUUCGCGCACCGGUGUGGUGCCUUUUAUCGACGACAACUGGAGCGAUUUCCAAGACGUCUUCGAGGCUCGUAGAGAAGUUCACCAGCCCCACGUCUCGCGCCUACAGAGCAUCCGCGAGCGAUCCGACCUUGAGCGCCCUCAGAGCUCUACUUCUGGCGCCGCCGCUUCGAGGCAGUCUCACGAGUCUGGCUCGCAGCGUCGUAGGUUCUUCGGACGCCCUCGGAGCUCCAGUAGGACGAAGACCGGCGAUAUCGUCUAGCCUGGCGUCCCUCUUUGGUCUGCACUCUUUCUGCAGAUCACCCAUUUUCCCAGAUUGUCACCAAGAUUUGGGACACAUACACACUCUUUCAUAAUGCGAUAUUUGUAAUCGAAUUGUUGAGCGAAGCGAAAGAGAUGUCGGAGGAGAAAAAGCAUGAGAAGAGGAGAUGUCAGAUUGGGUUGUGCAUGAUCACUCAGCAAUGGAUGCUCGGGGGGUUCUGUCUAGGACCUCCGAGGCCUGCGGGUGUCGACGGAGUUCAAGUCGGAGAAAUUGGCAUCGGCUUUGUGUGUACGAUUGAAAGAAGUCCGGGAAGGCUUUCAGAGCGAAUCGUUC